AUGCCGCUCAUAGACCCUGCUGUUACUACCGUCACUUAUCAAGCUAAUAAUAAUAGUCUAAGCGGACCUAUCGCAGACGAGUCUGCUGCACUGCUCACUCCUGAAGAGACUACUCUCCCCACCAGUAAAGAAGUUACUGCGAAGGGAAUCUCGACGAGAGUGGUUUUGCGGAAUGUUGUUAUUGUUUUGAUAGUUGCUGCGCUUCUAGUCGUUAUUAUAAAAGGUUAUACCGAUGCUGACGACGUGGAGUUCGACCUCGGGAAGGCUCUGAAGAGUGCCCUAGGGGGUGGGCUAAGCGGAGCUGCAGCCAUGGUCUUGCAGGUCUUGACACUUAUGCCACUCCGGACGGUUAUGAACUACCAAUAUCGUUACGGCACCAGUACCACCCAGGCCAUCCACACGCUAUACCACGACGGCGGUUGGACGCGUUAUUACCAAGGGCUCACCGCUGCACUUAUACAAGGACCAGUCUCGCGUUUUGGCGACACUGCAGCAAACGUUGGAAUUCUUGCAUUGCUCAAAGGAAACAAAUACUUGAGGAAACUUCCUUCCCUUAUCAAGACGGUCUUUGCUGGUAUUGCGGCAGCGGUGUUUAGGAUCUUUUUGACGCCGGUGGAUACGGUAAAGACGACUAUGCAGACUCAGGGAAAGGAUGGGUUGAAGAUAUUAAGGAAUAGGAUUAAGACUCAUGGGAUUGGAACACUAUGGUACGGUGCACUCGCUACUGCCGCUGCAACGUUCGUAGGAUAUUAUCCUUGGUUCGGCACAUACAACUUCCUCGACGAAAAUCUCCCAUUACCGACAACCCUCGUACAAAAGCUCCUCCGUCAAGCCUUAAUCGGCUUCUGCGCAUCUGUAAUAUCUGACAGCGUCUCCAAUUCCCUCCGCGUCGUCAAAACCUACCGUCAAGUAAACGCAACACAGAUUUCGUACACUGCCGCUGCACGUGCUGUCAUUGCUACAGAUGGGUUGAAGGGUCUAUUUGGUAGAGGCUUGAAGACGCGCAUAAUUGCGAAUGGGUUGCAGGGUUUGAUGUUCUCGAUACUUUGGAAGUUGUUUUUGGAUUUGUAA